AUGGAUAAUAAAAACAUCUUUCUUGAUUUAGGAGAGAAUGAUCUUCUAACAAUAAAGAAGACUGAAAAUGAAGAAGUUGUUUCGUAAUUUAAUCAAAAAACUGAAUAAAUUACCUCUUUUGGAAAGAAAAUAAUAAAAGGUUAAUAGUUUUGGAAAGAAUUUUAUAAAUAGGAAUUAAUUAAAAGCAAAAAGAAACAUCCAUAAGCUACUCAUAAUGAGUUGACAUCAUUCAUUUCAAAAAAAUGGAAAAGAAAGAAACAAAAUAAGAAGCUUAUUAAUAAACUUAAAUUGAAGAUUAAGCAUGAAAAUACUACUGAUAUAACUAUUUCAAGUAAUAACAAUGAUGAGAUAGCAAAUAUUCAUCAAGAAGAAUAAAAAGAUGAAAUUAUUUAAAAACUCAAAAUUUAAACAUUUAAAUUAAUUUAUUUAGAUAAUAUUUGCGAACUUAAGGGAGAGACAAUUUUAGAAGCAAUUUAAAAUAAUAUGUAGCUUAUCUACAUCAAUAAAUCUAAUGAGAUUAAUAAUUAAGAAUAAAUUUUUGAUUUAAAUCAAUAGAAAAUAACUCAAAAUAAUCAGGAAAUACCGGAAAUUACAGAAGCUUAAAAAUAACCUUAAUAGGAUUCAGAAGAUGAGCCUUUAAACGAUGAAGAGGAUACCAACUUUUAAAUAAAAAAUAAAAUCAUGAAUUAUCUAUGA